UAAUCGUUAGAACCCGUAAUUCAAUUUCUCAAAAGUCUCUUCUGUCCCUCCCAAUUUCAAAACAUUUCUCUGUAGCAAAGACGACUACUAGCAAGCACUAGAACUAUCAGAAUAUUACAACCCAAAUAUCUUCGUUCCCGGCAGCACAACAAACAAUGGACAAUCCUUUUCGAACUCCACCUCCACAUCCGCCUCCACCUCCACCGCUUCAAGGUCAAGUCCCUCUUCCACCGAAAGUAGAGGAGGUAAUAAACAGAAUCUGCGCAGAAAAGCACCAUGAUCCGCCGGAUCACUUGGCCCGGAAAAAGCUGGCACGGGUGGGUGAAGAAGCUGCUCUUGAUGUUGUGAGGAGAAUUUACAAUACCCCGAACCCCAUCCGAUCCUUGAGCGGUUACAUUACAUAUUUGGUCAAUCAGUCAGACUGUGGAGGUGCUGGCGCUAGUGGUAGCCAAGUAGCAGAAGUCUCUUGUGCUACCGCUACUGCUGCUCCAGAGGAAUCUAUUCCUUACUAUUUCUCUCCUCUGAAACGCCCUUUGCCCUCAUCACCUUCUGCUUCUCCUAUAUCUCCCCAAAAUGGUGAAAGCUCUGGCUAUCAGAAGUUGGACCGUCGUGUGGGCUCACCCUCAUCAUCAAAUUUACCAAUGCCAAAGGCUAGCAAAGUUACUCGCCAGCUACAGUUUUCUGGUGAACCUGAGCGUAAUGAGAAGAAGAUAACUCCUGAGGUUUUCAGCUACCAGAGGACUCUCUUAACUAGUAAACUGGAGUACAGAAAGCUAUUCUUAAUUUACAGUUAUAUUGGAAGGAGAAAGUUCGAAGAUGUUGUCAGUGAUGAUGAUGCAGACCAAAUUUUGGAGAUGAAAGAUCUCCCGAUGGGUAAUUUUGAAUCCCGCAUUUGGGAUGCUUAUGGAAAGCGAUACGUUCCAGCUGCUGAUAGAAGACAGAGCACCGAGUGGGAUACCGGGAAAACGCAUCUGUAUUAUUGUUACGUAUACGCAGAUGGAAGUUGUUCUUUUAAGGGACCUUGUUUGGAUACUACAUCAACUCAUCUGCAAAGAACAUUAGGAGACGACAAUAUACUAAUUGUCAAGUUUGCUGAAGAUGGAAGGAGUUGUAUUGACAGGAUUUUAAAGGAAGGAAUCCUUGUUGGUUUGAGAUGUUACCAAUUUUUUGUUAUUAAAGAUGAAAGCAAAGGUACCAAGAAACAAAAGGAGAUGGAGAAGGAUAAGACUUCACUUUCUCCUGCUGUUAGAUGCUAUUUUGUUAAUUAUGACUCUAUUGCUGCUCGUGGUAAUAGUGAAUCAUAUAGUUUGUGUCCAUCGAACUUAAACAAAGCUAGAUGCCAUUUUAUGCACGUCCACAUGGUAUCUAGCUUGGCAAAAUACAUGGCAAGGUUUUCGCUGAUAUUGUCGAAAACAAUUAAACUUCCUGUUGAUCUGUCUAGCAUUGUUAUUGAGAGUAUUGAAGAUAUACCUUGUCGUGAUGAAAAUGGUGAUGAAAUCCUUGAUGAAGAUGGAGAAGUGCUUGUACUCACAGAUGGAACUGGUUUCAUCUCAGAAGAUUUAGCUCUGAAGUGUCCCCAAAAUUUUUGCAGUGCAAAAUUUUUGAAGGAUAACGACUUUGAGGAUGUGCUGCAUCAAGAAAGAAGAGUGGAAGAUUGGAAUAGGAAACCGCCUCUACUGAUGCAGUGCCGUCUGUUCAGUAGAGGUUUGGCAGUCAAGGGAACACUUCUUGUUAAUAGAAAGCUUGACGCAGGAACAAUUCAGAUCAGAUCCUCCAUGGUGAAGGUCAAGAGGGAUAUCAGGUGUCCUGUUGCUCCAACAUUUGACUCACUUGAAAUUGUAGCAGUAAGCCAUAAACCAAGGAGAUGUCAGCUAUCGAAAAAUUUGAUUGCUCUUUUGAGCUAUGGAGGAGUGCCAAGAAACUUUUUCCUGGAUAUUUUGAGAACUGUUCUUGAAGAGACGCAAGCAUUAUUUACAAACUUGCACGCAGCGCUUAAAGUUUCUAUCCGAAAUGGAGACAUGGAUGAUGGUUGGACUACCGCAAGAAUGAUAUUAGCUGGAGUGCCUCUCAGUGAGCCUCACCUUCAGGAUCGUUUAGCUAAACUGGCAAAUUUUGAGAGGAAAUCACUUAAAGAAGGAAAGCUCCCCAUUAGUGAAAGCUUUUACGUGAUGGGAACAGCUGAUCCAACGGGCCUGUUAAAAGCUAAUGAAGUGUCAUUCAUGGGAGUGAGGAAUUGUCCUUGCAAGCAUUUCAUAUCUUUUUCGAUAAUCUGGGAGAAUGGGCAAAUAUCAGGAAAGGUACUAGUAUACAGAAAUCCUGGUCUCCACUUUGGUGACGUACAUGUCCUUGAAGCAGUAUAUGUGAAGGAGUUGGAAGAUGUAAUUGGCAAUGCCAAAUUUGGUAUAUUUUUCUCCACCAAAGGACAGAGAUCAGUAGCAAAUGAAAUUGCCAAUGGAGAUUUUGAUGGAGAUAUGUAUUGGGUUUCCAGAAACCCGCAGCUUUUGAAGUACUUUAGAGCCAGUGAACCAUGGACUCGAGUGUAUUCAUCUCCACCAGCAGAAAACAAGAAGCCCAGUGAUUUUUCAGCUGAAGCAUUAGAAUAUGAGCUUUUUCGACUCUCUCUAGAGAAGCGGAAGCAAAGCUUUAACAUGGCUGUUGCUGCUCAUAGCUGGCUCGCAUUCAUGGACCGUCUUUUGGUACUUCGGGAUGAAAAUGCUGGUGACACAGAUGGUCUUAGGCAACAGAUACUUAAAUUGGUUGACAUAUAUUAUGAUGCAUUAGAUGCACCCAAAAGCGGAAAGAAGGUAAAUGUUCCCAGCGACCUGAUAGCAAAAAGUUAUCCGCACUAUAUGGGAAAAGGAAACAGCUACCAUUCUACAUCCAUCCUGGGGGAUAUCUUCGAUCAGACUGAGCAGUUUCAAUCUGAAAGGCGCUCUAUUGGAGAAAUAUGGAAACUGCCUUGUUUCAAUUCACGCAUCCCUGAAGAGUACUUGAGCAUGUGGAUGGCGAGGUACGAUGAUUACCGGUAUGAGAUGCGAGACGCAUUGGAACAAAAUCCCGCCGACGACGGCCUGAAGAACAAGGCCGCAGACAGAGUGAUCAAGAAAUACAAGGAGUUGCUGUAUGAAGCGGCAGAGUUGCAGGAAAGUAAGAAGAAGAUGGAAGAAAUCAAUAACGAGGCGCUUGCCAUCUACCAUGUGAGCUAUGAUCAUGCCAUCGGUCGGGGAUGUAUUAGCAAAUGCAGUUUUGCUUGGAGAGUGGCGGGUUCUGCUCUCUGCAACCUUCAUGCCACAAAUACCAGCACCAACGAAUAUCCAAUGCUGGUUGUACCAUCAGUCCUCCGGAAUGCUUUAUUUUAGCCCCCGUUCUGCAACUAAUUUUUUUUUUUUUUUUUGGCUUCUUCUUUUUUGUUUUUUUGAAGUUUGUAAGCGUGUAAAUAUUUAUGUUAAUGUCAGUGGUGCGCUCGACUUCCCUAUA